AUGGCCCGUCCUUUGUGGGGUCAAGAGGUUCUCGCUGAAGCUAUGACUGAUUUUGGAUCAAUAAUGCCGAUGAUUGAAGCAAAAGGUCAGGCAGCCCAGUCACUACCACCACCACGAGUUACUACGAUCAACAUGAGUCAUCACUACCACCAUGAGUCAUUCCCCACCACUAUGAAUCACCAUCAUGGUCACUACUAUUAUACGUCACCACGACCACCACCACGAGUUACUACGAUCAACAUGAGUCAUCACCACCACCAUGAGUCACUCCCCACCACUAUGAAUCACCAUCAAGGUCACCACUAUUAUAAGUCACCACGACCACCACCAUGA